AUUGGUGGUUCGUCUAUGACCGUCUAUGACAUCUCUUCACCACCCUGAACGCUGACGAAAAUGGGAGCAUUCUGAUAAUUUUGACUGGUGUUGUGAGUUAGGAUGGUGUUCACAUCGUUAGCAUUAUUUGUUCGAAAUAAAGGACCGGAUGAAUUUUGGAAGAAGCGAAGGAUAUUGAAAUUAUCAGCUCACUUUUAUGGAAGGAGCAGAAAUUGCUAUUCACUUGCUAUCAGAGCUGUCCACAGAGCUCUAGUGUUUGCUACCAAAGGAAGAAAACUGAAAAAGGAAGAUAUGGCUGCCCUUUGGGAGACUCGAAUUACAGCAGGUUGUGAGGAACAUAACAUGACAUAUCCCUUAUUUCGAGAAGGUCUAACACGAUGUAAUAUCUUACUGAACAGGAAGACAUUAGCAGAUCUUGCAAUAUGGGAGCCUCGAACGUUUAAGUCCCUGGUUAAAGUGGCACAUGCACGUGUAUCUCAGGAUGGCCUGGCUGGAGUGACUGAGCUGGGUGAUCCACCAUCAGAGGUCAUUACAAGGGGCAUGUUCAAAUAAAUUAAGUGUAUAUAUUUUUAGUAAAAUAAAUAUGAAUAGUGCUAAAGGAAA